CACUCUCAAGUCUCUGCUCCAGAACCUUCCACACUCCUACAAGGCUAAAACCCUCUGCUUCUUAAACCCUACCACAACCUCCAAAUUCUGCUGCAAUCUCUCUCUCUCUCUCCCCCAAAAUGCACAGGUUAUCGAGGCGUUCCGUCCCCGCGAUCCUCCGCAGCGCCGCUGCGCGCCACCGCCCCAUUUAUUCCCUUGACCACCAGCUCUCUGGAGCGAGUGAUCCAGCAAAGAGAUGGUUCUCUGUGCUGACAACCGGUGGCAACAAUGCUAUUGGUGCCUCCGCAUCAUUUGAUCUGAAAAAAGGGUCUCUUAUUGGGUGUCGUUAUGAGACUACUGCUGCUGCUGCAUCUACUCCACCAGCUGAAAAAUUUGAGUACCAAGCAGAGGUUAGCCGUCUCAUGGACCUUAUCGUGAAUAGUUUAUACAGCAACAAGGAUGUCUUUCUUCGUGAGCUUAUCAGCAAUGCAAGUGAUGCAUUGGACAAGCUGCGUUUCCUUGCUGUCACUCAGCCCGACCUUUUGAAGGAUUCUGUUGAUCUUGACAUACGUAUCCAGACUGACAAAGAUAAUGGAAUAAUUACACUUACAGAUUCUGGGAUUGGCAUGACAAGGCAGGAACUUGUUGACUGUCUUGGUACUAUCGCACAGAGUGGAACUGCGAAGUUUUUGCAAGCUUUGAAGGAUAGCAAGGAUUCUGGUGCUGACAGCAAUUUAAUUGGUCAGUUUGGGGUGGGAUUCUAUUCAGCAUUCCUUGUUGCUGAGAGGGUUGAGGUCUCAACAAAGAGCCCUAAAUCCGAUAAACAGUAUGUAUGGGAAAGUGAAGCAAACUCUAGUUCCUAUACCAUCCGAGAAGAGACUGAUCCCGCGAAACUUAUCCCAAGGGGAACCCGUCUCAGUCUAUAUCUUAAGCAUGAUGAUAAAGGGUUUGCUCAUCCAGAAAGAGUCGAGAAGCUUGUAAAGAAUUACUCACAAUUUGUUUCCUUCCCAAUAUACACAUGGCAAGAGAAGGGACACACGAAAGAGGUUGAGGUCGAUGAGGAUCCUACAGAAGCUAACAAGGAUGAGCAAAAUGAGAUAACCGAGAAAAAGAAGAAGACCAAGACUGUAGUUGAACGAUAUUGGGAUUGGGAGCUUACAAAUGAGACGCAGCCAAUAUGGCUACGUAACCCUAAAGAAGUUACAAAGGAGGAAUACAAUGAGUUCUACAAGAAAACAUUUAAUGAUUUUUUAGAACCCCUUGCCUCUUCACACUUUACAACAGAGGGUGAAGUGGAGUUUAGGUCUAUCCUAUACGUGCCGUCUAUGACACCCUCAGGGAAGGAUGACAUAAUCAACCAAAAGACAAAGAAUAUAAAGCUGUUUGUGAAACGAGUAUUCAUUUCUGAUGAUUUUGAUGGUGAAUUGUUCCCACGGUAUUUGAGCUUUGUCAAGGGUGUUGUUGAUUCAAACGAUCUUCCCCUAAAUGUUUCACGCGAAAUCCUUCAAGAAAGCAGAAUUGUUCGCAUUAUGAAGAAACGUCUGGUGCGCAAGGCCUUUGACAUGAUCCUCGGCAUAUCUUUGAGUGAGGAUACAGAGGACUAUAUGAAUUUCUGGACGAAUUAUGGCAAACACUUGAAGUUAGGUUGCAUUGAGGAUCGUGAGAACCACAAACGCAUCGCUCCAUUGCUUCGAUUUUUCUCAUCUCAAAGCGAGGAGGAUGUUAUCAGCUUGGAUGAGUAUGUUGAGAACAUGAAACCUGAUCAGAAAGAUAUUUAUUUCAUUGCUGCAGACAGCGUAACUAGUGCAAGGAAUACACCCUUCUUGGAGAAACUUGUGGAAAAGGAUAUUGAGGUUCUGUUCUUAGUGGACCCUAUAGAUGAGGUUGCCAUCCAAAAUCUGAAAGCUUACAAGGACAAGAACUUUGUUGACAUCACCAAAGAAGAUUUAGAUCUGGGCGACAAGGAUGAAGACAGAGAUAAAGAGAUGAAGCAAGAGUUUGGCGGUACUUGUGACUGGAUUAAGAAACGGUUGGGUGAUAGAGUUGCCAGUGUUCAAGUCUCAAACCGUCUCCGAGCAUCACCUUGUGUUCUUGCAGCCGGCAAGUUUGGCUGGUCUGCAAAUAUGGAAAGGCUUAUGAAGGCACAAAAUGUCGGUGAUGUAUCCUCCUUUGAAUUUAUGAAGGGCCGGAGAGUGUUUGAAAUCAAUCCAGAACAUCCAAUCAUCAAAAGUUUAAAUGAUGCUUGCAAGAGUAAUCCAAGUGAUGAAGAAGCCUUGAGGGCCAUUGAUCUCUUGUACGAGACAGCUCUAUUUUCCAGUGGUUUCACUCCUGAGAGUCCUGCUGAGCUUGGAGGAAAGAUUUAUGAGAUGAUGAACAUGGCACUUUUAGGCAAGUGGGGUUCAUCUCCAUCUCACACUCAGCAACAAGUAGACGCCACAUCUGUACCUGAGACAGUCGAAGCCGAGGUUGUCGAGCCUGCUGAAGCGACUGCCCAAAAAUGAGCUCGAAGUUUGGUUGUUACUAGUGUGCAGAUAAAUGUUGAGACAUUUUUUGCUUGUUGUGGCGGUUAUGAGUUUUUGCCGAGGCUUCAAACUGUGCAAACAGCAACUCUAGUUUAUUCAAAUAAGAACCAAUUGUAGUUGGUAAUGUUUUUUCA